CCUAUUUCUCUCAGAUUUAGCAAUGGCUUUUCAGUAAUUGAUGAUUUUGUAGAGCUUUUAAGGAGAGCUACCAUUGACGGAAUUUAUAAAAGCUAUGUAAUGGCAUAAUUGUACACUGUUAAAGCUAUAUAGUGGUGUAAUUGUAUACUUGUAUACUGUAAUCUUGUUCAACAGCAGUGGAAUGAUUCUAUGGGAAAGGAAGAUCAGUAAAAUAUAGCUUACUAUGGUUUGUGUAACACCUUGGGAGAAGAUGUGCUAAAGCCAAUCAGAAUGUGACAGCCAAUUCAGACAAAGUUCAGUGCUGUAUCAGAGAGCAGUAAAAAUGGAAAACUUACGUAUUGGUUAUCCUGCCAGUUUUGAAAUGUUGCGCUGGAGCAGUAUGUACAGAUUAGCUUGGAAGACGAGUAGAAUUUGUGCAGGUAGUUUAAUUUUGUUUUGAAAAUAAACAGUUGAAAUAUCUGAAUGUCGGAUCCUGGUGCACCUUUUGUGUACAGUUUUGGGAAAAUGGAUUCGGCGGAUGAUGCAUAUUACAGUGAUAUGACGUCAGAUAUUUCCAGCGUAACCUCGGGACCAUCCCAUUCCUGCAGGCAGCGGCAGUCAUAUCAGAAACAUAACCGUGUAAGCAAGCACCAGGAGCAGCGCAUGGUUGAACACGGAGUUGGGGUCAUGGAGUCUCAUUAUGAUAAGGAGAACAGUAGUCCUGAUAGCGACGACCCGCAGAGUGGGAAUAUAUUUUCGUUUAUGCGUUCUGGCAGCGGAAAGGUUGUGCUCAACAAAGGGACAUCACUCCCAACAGAGUUAGAGGAACUUGAUGGGGAGAGUUGUGAUUGCCACUGUAUAGCCUGUUGCAGUUGCCAUAGUAACAGGGUGAAACAAGGUUGUUACGGACACAAUUGUGUGUGCAAGAAAAUGUCAGAUGGUGCAGAAUGUCAGAAUAGCGUAAAUAAAGACUUACCCAGCCCUACUGCCAUAGACUCUUGGGGUCACUUUAGUAAGCACAAAAGAAAUCAUUAUAAAUACCGUAGAAGCGAUUACUCAAGUGACAGUGAGGACGAGGCAUCAUCUACCUUGGGAAAGAAAAGUGCAAGUAACAUGACAUUAUUAGCUAAACAGAAAUCCCAUCUGCCAAGUAUCACUUUGACUAGACAAAAUUCCACAUCAUCCUCGCAAAGUUAUGAUAAAUCAAAUUGUGGGUCAGUAGAUGUUUUCCAAUUAAAAGAAGGUGUAAAACCACAGGAUUUCAAGGAGAGAGUAAAGACAAUGGUACAGUGGUUCUCAGAUUUUAGUGAUGAACAAAAGAAUCUUGUUCUUAAAGAACUCCUUAUUGGUUGUGAAUUGCCUCAGUUACAUCUGCUGUCUGUCAAGAUGGAGGCAAACCUGCACCAUGGUUGUCCACCUAAUUGUCAGGACCUGAUCACAUGGCUGCCGACUAAUCAGGCGACCAGGAUUCUCUCCUACAUGGAUCCAGUGAGUCUUUGUCGAGCAGCUCAGGUGUGUAAAAUAUGGUACCAGUUGUCAGAGGAGCCGUCUCUGUGGCGGAGAUUUUGUUGUCAGCCAAAAUGGCGAUUAUGUAAAGCGGCGGAACACAAACAAGUGAUUAGUCACAUGUCACAUGGUAGUAUACAGUGGAAAAAAGUGUUUGCUGAACGUUAUCGCUUACGUAACAACUGGUUGAAAGGUCGAUGUACAGUGAGAACAUUUGAAGGUCAUUCACAGGGUAUCUCUUGUGUUCAGUUUGAUGAUACUAGGAUUGUUAGUGGCUCAUCAGACAAGACUAUAAAGGUAUGGAAUAUACGGACAAAUGCCCAGUGGUCAGUGCAGACCUUAGUUGGUCACUCAGGAACGGUGAGAUGUUUACACCUUGAGGGUAAUAGACUAGUCAGUGGCUCAACAGAUUGUAUGAUUAAGGUAUGGGAUCUUUCAACCCAGGAGAGCUGGUCAAGUAUUGCUUGUAAAGUGACCAUGACCGGACACUCAGACACUGUACGAUGUUUACAGGUUGAUGAUAUGAAAGUUAUAAGUGGUUCCUAUGAUAAAACAUUAAAGAUAUGGGAUCUUCCUACAGGUAGAUGUAAGAUGACAUUGAGAGGUCAUCAGGCAGCUGUUUUAUGUGUUCAUUUCAAUGAUACAAAGGUUGUUUCGGGAUCCUGUGAUAAAACUAUUAAGGUGUGGAAUUACCAUGGUGCUUGUAUGAUGACAUUAAGUGGUCACCAAGACGCUGUCACUUGUCUUCAGUUUGAUGCCACACGGAUUGUUAGUGGUUCGCUCGAUUGUAACUUGAAGUUCUGGGACAUACAUUCAGGUGAAUGUAUCAACACGAUAGACUGGAAAGCUGCGGAGGGUCAUACGGGUGUUGUGCGAUGCUUGCAGGCGGACAGCUGGCGUCUUGUCAGUGCUGCUGAUGACAAAACCAUCAAGGUUUGGAAUCUUGAGACUGGCAAACGUCUGGUGACAUUGCGGAACCAUACGGACGGUGUAACGUGUCUACAGUUUAACGAUUUUAUCAUAGUGUCCGGUUCAUAUGACAAAACUGUAAAACUCUGGGAUUUCAGUUCCUGUUAGUGUUAUGAUUGUGCACAGAAAGAUUUUUAUAUAAAGGAUCUCGGUUUGUAAGGUUGUGUCCGUUUACAGAUUUAGAGCAAUUUAUUUCUAAUUUCUUUUCGUGAAAAACUGUGCAAUUUGAUACAGAAGGUAUCGCAUUAUAAUUGGUGCAAUUUAUAUGUGUUAUUUUAAGGUAAAAAAAUGUGACUAUGUUAGAUGUGAAAAAGGCAUGGCUCAUCCAGUUUAAGGUCAACUUGGUCAUUUACAAUGUCUAUAACAAACUCUGGGCCUCCGUGGCCGAGUGGUUAAGGUCGCUGACUUCAAAUCACUUGCCCCUCAUCGAUGUGGGUUUGAGCCUCACUCGGGGUGUUGAAUUCUUCAUGUGAGGAAGCCAUCCAGCUGGCUUACGGAAGGUCGGUGGUUCUACCCAGGUGCCCGCUCUUGAUGAAAUAAUGCACGGAGGGGCACCUGGGGUCUUCCUCCACCAUUAAAGCUGGAAAGUUGCCAUAUGACCUAUCAUGUGCCGGUGCAACGUUAAAUCGAACUAAAAAAAAAAAAAAACUAUAACAAACUCAAUUGUUUUUUUAUACUUGAAAUGUAGAUGUACUUUAAAUUCCAAAACAGUAAAAGCAUCUUCAUGUACCAUAUACAUGUAUUAACUAGGUCAUUAGUGCAAUAUUUUGGAACCAAAGGCCUGAAACUGCAUUUUUCAGAACAGUGAUAGGAACAUAUUUUUUACCUAAAGAUUGUUAGGGAAAGGCUUGACUAGCACAGAGUCUUAGUUUCUAUUACAUGAACGAUUUUAAUUAUUUCCCUGUAGUCUCAUUGACAAGAUUACAGGAUAUUAAGAGACCAAGUUGACCCAUAAUGCCCUCGAUGUUAUUUACCGUCUGCUGAUAAAGUGUCAUUUAACUCGCAUCUGCUGAUUAUGGGCAUUUACUAAGGAAGAUAUAUUGCAGGAAAAUGAUAACCUGUUAUAAGUAUUUUGAAAACUGAAUUUUUAAUGUGAAUCUGUUUUAAGGGCUAUAUAAUGCAUUUUUAAAACUUGUUUUAGACUAUAUUUGUAUAUAUAUUUGAGAAAUGUUCUGUCAUUGAGAUAUGCUAUAUUUUUAUUUUGUAAAAUAUUCGUUAUACUGUUAGAAAUGUUGUGCUAAUAUAUUAAUAGUAUAUGGAGAUUUUUAUAUUUCGAAUAUUUUGUAUAAAAUGGCAAAUGUUGUUAAUAGGUUGUGUUUGAAGAUUAAUUUAUUUUAGUUUUCAAUGGUUGUGAAAAAACGACAGUGAUAAAGUUUGGUUUAUACGAGAAUUUUAUUGCUUUGAUGUACCGGGUAUUAACAAAAAUUGAAUAAUUGAUGAACUUGAAAUUUUUUUGAUAACACAUUUUGACUGCAGCUUGUAGGCUAUAGUGUUGGUGGGAAGGAUUUAUUUUUCUUUUUGUUAGGAUUUUUAAAAAAUCAAGAACAAACAGUUUUGUUUUAUUUUUGUUGUAAUUGUUCUAGAUAGUUGUAUUUUUUAUACUUCUUGGUUCCUAGAUGUAAAGCAGAGUUUGGAGACCAGUCUUUAAACUCUAGCAUCUGAUUGGUGGACUUAGAGUUCAGUUUUGAAAUUGACCAAUGACAAUACUGAAUUAUGAGACUGGUCUCCAAACUUAAGUUUUAUAACCAAGAGUCCAUAUUAUGUAUUUUGAGACACAAACUGAGAUUGAUGUAUGGUCUUUAAGCUUCCAGAUAUGAAAUAUUGUACCAGUAAUUUAUCCUUACAUUGUAAGAUGUCCAUGCUCAAACUUACUAUUUUUUUAGGCAGGGUAGAGCUAGUGCGAUAUUUAUGUGUAGAAUUUUGAUUUUAAUCUAUUAGAAUACCUUUGUAGUAAUUGUACAUUCUUUCUUCAUUUCCACUAUAUGCAAAAGAAUUGCAGUUUUACACCCAUCUGAGCAGUCUGGUUUAUUCUCUAUAAGCAGUGAUAUUUAUAGUAUCUUUUAAAAAGCGGUUCUUAUUCAAGCUUCGGACAAGUUAUCAUUUGUUUACUUGGAAUGAAAGUCUGCAUUGUUGUAAACAUGAGCACUUUGCAAGCUCUUCCUCUAACAAGAUCAGUGUCUUUAAAAUAAUUUUGUAUGUAAAAUUUGACACAGUAUGAUUAUGAUAAAUGUCAUUUUUAGCUUGACUUUUCAAAGAAAAAGUAGAGCUAUUGCACUCGCCCAGGUGUCGGCAUCGCCGUUGGUUAAAGUUUUUGAUAAAGUCAAAUAUCUCUGUUACUAUCAAAGCUAUUGACUUGAAAUUUAAAAUACUUAUUUACUAUCAAAGUCUGCACCAGGAGAAACAAUCCCCAUAACUCUGAUUUUGAUUUUGACAGAAUUAUGUCCCUUUUUAACUUAGAAUUUUUGGUUAAAGUUUUUGAUAAAGUCAAAUAUCUGUUACUAUCAAAUCUAUUGACUUGAAACUUAAAAUAGUUAUUUACCAUCAAAGUCUACACUAGAAGAAACAAUCCCCAUAAAUCUGGUUUAAAUUUUGACAGAAUUAUGCCCCUUUCUAACUUAGAAUUUUUUGUUAAAAUUUUUGAUAAAGUCAAAUAUCUCCGUUACUAUUAAAGCUUUUGACUUGAAACUUAAACAGUUAUUUACUAUCAAAGUCUACACCAUGAGAAACAGUCUCCAUUACUCUGGUUUGAAUUUUGACAGAGUUAUGUCCUUUUUUAACUUGGAAUUUUUUUUACUAGCAAAGCUCUAUUUCAGAGUCAAGCACUGAGAAAAGUCGAGCGCGCUGUCUUACGGACAGCUCUUGUUCUUUAGGGCCACGACUCAUUUCUUUGCUUAUAGCUUCAAACAUUAAACUUGUCAGAUUUUAUAAAUAAACUGUAUCUUUUAUUUUCAAAUAAUUACUAGGGAUAGUAAAUAAGGUCUAAGAAUAAUUCUCUGCUGGGGCUAUAAUAGGGAAGAAAGCAUUUUUAUAGAAUAAAAGCUUUUUCUCAGUUUUUCCACAAACUUUUUAAAUGUAUUUCUUUUCCUCAGUUUUUCUGUCUUAGUUAUUCCACAAACUUUUUUUAAUGUACCUCUUACCUUAUUGCAUACAAGUGCCAUGACAAAAAUAAUAUGUUGAUCUCUUCAAGUAAAAGAAUUGUUUCAAAAGGUUAAGGUAGAGAAUGAUAUAUUUUUGUGCUUGAAACUAGAUUUAUAAAUUUUGCAUCCCUAAAUAGCAUCUGGCAAAGAAGUUAAAAUUAUCAUAAGAAACAUUACAAAUUUGAAGAAAAAAAUUCAAGACAUUAGUUUAAGCCCUCAUAUUGAAGCUUGUAAGGUUAUCUGUUGUAAGUUACCUCCCUUAGUGUUGCUGUGAAUGACCAUACAUACAGUUUAAAACAUUUUCAUUAGUGAUGCUAAGAAACCCAAUCAUUUGUAAAUUUUGCAGAAAAGCUCUCAGAGUUCUUUUACAAUUGUGGAUAAUUUUGCUUUGCAGUUAAACCUUAUUAAGCAGCCAGCCUAGGAACCAGUAGUCUGGCUACUUAAGCAAAGUUAAAAAGUAAGAGGUCGGUAUGGGAAGUUAGCAGACCGACUGGUUAAUACAGGUUAUCACUUAGGCAGUUUCUAUUGUACUUAUUGGCAUACUUGUAAAAUAUCAACUUUGAUAUUUAUUAUAUUUAGCCAUAAUUUCAAUGGUCAUCCAAAUUAAAUUUGUAAGCAUAGAAUGCAGCCAAGCAAAAUAAUUCCUAGAGAGGAAGUAAAAUGCACCCCACUUCACACUAGCUUAAGUGGUACUUAUCUUGUAAAAUUGAAUACAUACACUGAUCCUAGAGGAAUCGAAGGAACAAUGGCAGUUGUUAGUCGAAGUAUAGUGCAGUGUUUUAUCUCAACGACAUAUCAUGUACAAAGUAAAUGAUAUUCUUUGGAAGCAGAGACCUAUGAGGGACAUUCAAAAAUAUUUCUUACUUUCUUUUAAGGAAAAUAUAAUAGAAUAGAUUUCAUUGAAAACAGUUACUUUUCUACUAUAAGUAAAAGGCAAUUUUACAAUACACUGAUAUGGUUUAAAAACACAAACUCUCUUCUCUCUGCACAGUGUAUAUAUUUAAUGACAUAACGAGUACGGAGUGUGAAAUUAUUAUAUCCUGUUUUUUAUCCAUAUACUAAGUAUAGUUACACGCUUAGUAGAAUAAGUGACUAGACUUCUUAUGUAAAAUAUUCUUAUGCAUUUACCGUGCUGUUUUACCCACUUACCAUAUAAAUUUUUCCUAAGCUAACCCCAGUCAUGAUCGAUAAUAUUCUUUCAAUGGUCAGUCAUUACCAAGUGCAUCUUGGGCAGAUUUCAAAAUGUCACAGCUUAUUUUUGCCUUGCAUCAUCUGUCGUCAUCUUUCAGUAAAUAUUUCAAAUAGCAAACUUUCUUAUGUAAUUUCAACACUAGUUCAUUUUUCAUAUUGAAUAGUUUGGCAGUUUUUGGUACUUCCUGCAUCAUUUUAACAAAUUUUGUUUUGGCAUCGUGCCAAGACACACACAAACUUCAUUUUUGCCCUCAUUUCAAACUUUUCCAGCGACACCAUAUUUUUGUGCAAAUUUUAGUUUGAAUUACAUCAAAUUUAGAAGCUAGGUUAAGCUACAGUCACACAGAAGUACGGAUUACUACUUUGAGGUACUGAUCGAUAUGGAUUAGUAUGCUUCUAGACGUAGCUAUCCGUGCCGUAUGUGUGACUGGGGUAUAAUGGCGACAUUAUCUCACAGCAGAUUUUUAAAGCUAAAAUUUGUCAAGGUGCUUUAACAAGUUUAAAGAAAAGUAAAACACUGUGCACAGCAAAUGUGUUGCUAUAUUGUAAAUGUUUGUUGCCAUCCUUAAUUUUUUUUUUUAUCAUAAAGUUUUCAAAUUAAAAUCAUUAUGAAUUGUUAUUUGAGGAAAAUAGUUACGUUAUUUUUUAUCAUACGGUAAGCUAAGCUCAUUUUCGUUAAUUCCUUUUUUCUAGUCCCUUAUGUUAAAUGUGUUCUAGUCUCCGCAAUGAAGGUCAUACCAAUAAAUGAGCCGAGCCAUGAGAAAACCAACAUAAUGCGUUUGUAACCAGUCUGGUCAGGAUCCAUGCUGUUCACUAAGGGUUUCUCUAAAUGCAAUAGGCUGGUGGACGCGCAGGCUGGUCUGGAUCCAUGCUGGUCGCAAAUGUUGGUUUUCUCAUGGGGCGGCUCAUAUGAGCCAUAUUUCAAAAUACUGUAAAAUAUGGCAGACAGUCUAUUAUUAAUUUGUACAAUAUAAAAAGGGUGUCUAUUACCCAUCAACCUAUUCAAGUACAAUAAAUUGCCCAUUUUGGCCUUAAAUAUUCAACAUGUAUUCUCUUCUCCCUAGUUUUAAGAAUAAGAAAACAGAAUUUUCAAUACCUUAUUCAGUGGAUUAUUCAAUGAAUUAGUGGAACAUUCACUAGUUAAGCAAUUUAUGCAUAACAUGCAUUUUAUUUUUCUAUAAAUUCUCAAUGUUGUGAUUUUAUAAUUUUUCAAUGUUAUAUUGUCUAAAAUUUUAGCUAUAUAACAGCAUAACAUAGACAAGUAAAAAAACUUUAAAUCUAA